AAUUUUGCAUGCCUAAUGCGAGACUGAAAUUCAUUUUCGAUUCUGACGCAGCAUCCCAUAAAUGCGGUUUAAGAAAAUGCUUAUUCGAGCAGGUUCAAAAUACUCUUAAUGAUGUGGUAAUUCCGCUGAGUCUACACCGCAAAAAAAUGCUUCUUAUUUUCGCAGUUUCACGCUAUUUAUUCUUCUCAUUUUCUCAUAAUUUUUAGUAUUCUCGUAAUCUGACUUGUAAAAUACGCUUAAGAAUGUUAAAAACACUUACACUUCCAAAUAUACAUUUUUUAUUUUAGUUAUCCGACACAACUUUUGCAGUUCUUGCAAAUCCGUGUGUAAAAUGAAAUUAACAUUUUAUUUAGCAUUUAUAUGAUAAACAUGAUAUGAUUUCUUUCGGUGUAACGAUAUUUUUGGAAGUUGGCACUCUGCUGCCGAUAAUCUACGCUAAGCUGCUGGCUAAUUGAAAUGUUUAUGGCCGGACGUGAAGCGCGCCAGUUAUUACAGAUUUCUGAUGAAGUCUUGUCGCUGGCAAUUUAUCUAAACCUCUGCCCAUUAGAGGUUUAUUUUCUGGCUCUAUCUAUAGCGAGAGUCCAACCACCCAAGACUCUCCGUUUUUAUCUAAUUAGGUAGUCAAAACAAAAAAUAGAGAAAAGAGAACGUCGUAUAAACUGUGUCACUAAACAAAAAUCCAAGCAGGGGCGCGGUGGAGGUGGAGCUCAACUUUGCCCAGAGAAUUGUGUCAAAUAGAUAAAAAAGAAAAACGAUGCCAGCGGCAACGACUGCGACAACGACGAUGGUGGCAAUGAUGAUGAUGAUGACGAUGGUGAUGGUGAUGGCGAUGGUGCUGGUCAUAUCGUUAUAACGAUGGAUGAAGAAGGCGUCGGGGCAGCCACUCCUUUUCAGCACAAUAAUUAUAACCCCGAUUCCCCGGCUUUAUGAGAGAAAACUGGCCCCGAAAAUUGUGGAGCAUUUGAAUAAUUUUACAAGAAUGCAAUCAACGUGAAAACAGAACGUAAAAGAAGAGAUUGUCAAAAAAAAAGACAGAAAAAGUAGGCGGUGGCUUUGUUGAUUUAAAUGGCACCCGAAAUUCCGAGAGGGGAACUUUGGCUAUAUGGACAACUAUUCAAAUUGAGGUCAUUCAUCUCGCUUCGUUGAACGCGCUUAAGUGAAUUAUGUAUACGUAUAUAUGUAUAUAUGUGAGUGGUCCGUGUGGAUAGGGAAUCAGAAUGAGAAUCGGAGGUCUCGAGUAUUUGAAGGCGGGUCAGCAACUCAGAUGAGCAUGUGAAUGGGAAAGAAAAAGAUAAAGAAGAAAUUAUUCCCCCGAAAGUGGUUCCAUUUACACUGUGUGGAAAGCCUUUCUCCAAAUCCCCGCUAAUUGCCCGCAAUUUGCCAUUGGAAUCUGUCAACCUCCCGCUGCUCGAAAAAUCCACAAAAUGUGAUUGACUCGAGAUCGAUGCCCUCCGCUAAGGAUUUCCAUAAAUAUUUGCCAGCACUUUGGGAUUUUGAUCUUUUUGGCGUUCUUCAUCCGACUCGUUUCUCCAUUUGGUAUAGUUUUGUUUCGUAUCGUAUUGUAUCGUAUCGUAUCGGUUCGUAUCGCUUCGCUUGGCUUUAUUUGAUUUUCUUAUGGGAGUAGGUCAGUUCAAAAUUUGCAUAUAUGGCUGCCUUUGAUUUCUCGCUCGAUUUUUUAUUCAUAUUCUGACUGUUUGCCCUGCCCCAAAAACGUAAAUGUGCGAACACGUGCUAUACAUAUGAUGAUUUUCUUAUCCAUCGACUUGUUUGGAUUUAAUUCAGACCGAUAUCAUAAGCGAUGAUUGGUUAUAAAAUAAACCAAGACUGAGCGUUAUCUCAAGUGGAAUGGAUGUGGGGGUGUGAAAUGGACAUACCGGAUAGAAUGGACAUUGGGUCAAUUGCAGGGUAAAUAAAAUGCAACAAUGGAACUGUUUGACCAGCCAUUAUGUAACUAAAAAAUGUCUAUAAAUCGGCUUUGUUAAACCGUAAAGUUUUAGUUGCGAUUCUGAAAGAUUGCUGAAAGCAUGAAGUUGGCACUGAUCUUCUUGGGAGAACUCUGCAUCCUCGGUGAUUAUUUCACUUCUGGACAGCGUUAUGUAUACAGUGCAGAUGAAAGUUGCAUAUGCUCGGGUCAUUUGGUGAACGAUUUAGUUCCGGACUGCGAAGAUUGCUCCGGUUACUACAUUUGUGGCAAUGGUUCCUACGAGAAGCUGAAGUGCCCUCAGGGUCUGAUUUUCGACAUUUCCUCGAAAGCGUGUGUGCUGGGUCAAUGCCCCAGGUUUGAUGGCACUUGUUCAGGAAACACUACAACACCUACGCCCACCACACCGUCCACUACUACCACAACUACCACCACUACCACAACUACAACGUCGGAACCUCCAGGACCUCCUGGACCUUGUGCCAAUGAUGUGACAUGCCAAUUUCAAGAAAAGAGUAUCCCUCAUCCGAAUCACUGUCGAAAUUUUUACACCUGCUAUGGAAGUUGCGCCGUUUUGGGACUCUGUGAGCUGGGAAAAUGGUUCGAUCGGGAGGAGAUCUUAUGCGAUUAUUCCCAUAAAGUCAAAAACUGUCCCCCUAACCAGGACUAAGACGUGGCCCUUUUGGGUAUUAAAAAGCAUUUUUAUAUUAUGAGCUUAUGCAAACCCAUUAAUAUUGUAUCAGCAUCGAGUGCAAUAACACUUUCUUUAAUACCAAUGGCAA